GGACCCUCCUGAAUCUCAGCGUGAGUGACCAUGGCCGGUCGAACUCCCUCCUUCUGUCCUGGGAUGAGCCAGAGCAGGGUGCCAAGGGAUAUUCGCUCACCCUCUCCUCCCUGAGGUCAGGCAUGCUGCUACAGAAUGGAUCUGCCGGACCUAACAUCACCAGCUUCUGGUUCCACGGGCUGACUCCUGGCAUGCGCUAUGAGAUUGAGGUGACAGCCACGCUUGCCUGCAUGGAGACCGCCAGCCAGACAGUCACAGCACAGACAAGUCCUUCACCUGUCCGCAACCUGAGUCUGAGCAGCGGUGGGAGCUCUGCCCUGCUGCGUGCCUCCUGGAUGCACGGCCACGGGCAGCGAGAUGGCUACCACCUCUCCCUCUACCACAGUGACUCUCAAACACUCGUCAGAAAUAUGUCCAUCCUGCCAAACACCUCCACGUUCCUGUUUGAUGGGUUGCUGCCUGGCAGCGAGUACGCCUUGAAGGUCAGCACGCUGGCUGGAUCUGGCCAGGCGAGCACCAGUAUCCACCAGUGGACAGCUCCCUCCAUCCCCACCCAGCUGAGGAUCAGCCCGGGAUCCAGCACCAGCCUCGUCGCCUCCUGGGUGGGUGCUGCAGGGGCCGCCUGGCUGAAACUCGUGCUCCGCAACCUCCAUACCCAGACAGUGACCACAACCCUGUCAGCCAGGAGGGGCCUCACCAGCUACACGUUCCAGCAUCUCCACCCCGGCACCCAGUACUGGCUGGGGCUGAGCACCACGGCUGGGCCCUACACCAUGAGGGGGCCCAACGCCACCGCUUGGACAUACCCCCUGAGCCCUGGCAAUGUGACCCUGAGCAGAGCAGAAGAGCAGAGCUCCUUGCAGGCUCACUGGACCACCCCAGAGGGAGAGAGGGACUUCUACGUGGUGACACUGCAGGAGGGAGAGGAUGGUGCUCUGACAAGGAACAUCUCUGUCAGUGGAGACAACGGUCAUGUCACCUUCCAUGGGCUGAGCCCCGGGAAGCAAUACUCUGUCCAGGUGACAGCAGUGGCUGGGCCUUACCAGGCAUCAGCCUGCAGCACGGCAGCCUGGACACAGCCACUAGCACCAUCUGCUGUGAGUCUGUCCAGCCGGGGGAGCCCCUACAGCCUGCUCGCCAGCUGGGCGGAGGCAGUGGGACAGGGCUAUGUGCUGGCCCUCAGACCCAUGGAGCACUCCAUGAAGAACAGCUCGCUGCUCCGAGGGGUCACCAACUUCACCUAUGAAGGCCUCCGCCCUGGGACCCUCUACACUUUUGAGGUCAGCACUGUGGCUGGCCCCUACACAUCCUCACCCCUGCGCAUCACCAACUGGACAUAUCCUUUGCCUCCAGAGCAGCUGACCCUCAGGAAUCAGGGCCGCAGCACCUCUCUGCAAGCCUCCUGGAGAGCAGCUCCUACUGGCAGCACUGGCUACACAGGCACCCUCUGGGAAACCAAGUCCCAGGAACGAGUCAGGAACAUGACUCUGGGGAACAACUGGACGAAUGUCACCCUUGAGGAUCUGGUUCCUGGUCGACAGUAUACACUGGAGUUAGCUGCCGUGGCUGGACCUUACAGAUCCCCCAUGCAAUCAGUCACAGACUGGACAUACCCCCUGGCUCCGGCUGGUGUGACCCUGACCAGCACUCGACGCCCACUGGGACUCUCUGCCUUCUGGGACAAGGCUGCUGGUGAUGUGGACCAGUUCCACCUCCAGCUCUACAGCAAGAGCCAUCCAGUGCAGAGGAACAUCUCAGUGGGGCCAAACAUCCGCAACUUCACGUUCCUGGGGCUGUCCCCUGGCAUUCAGUACUUCCUGAAGGUGACCGUCCUCACUGGCCCAUACAGAUCCUCAUCAUACUUGGCCAGUGAGUGGACAUACCCACUGUCUGUGGCUAAUAUGAGUGUACAGCCUGGUUGGAGACCCCAGGAUCUACAUGUGAGCUGGGUGGAGUCAGGAGGUGGCAGAGACCAUGUGGUACAGCUCUCAGUGGCUGAGACCCUGUCGAUCAUCAGGAAUGUGUCUGUCCCCCGCGGAGUCACCCAGCUUGACCUGGAAGGGCUGGUGCCAGGGUCCCGAUACCACGUGGAGAUCAUUUCUCAGGCUGGGCCUCAUCGCGUCUCCUCUCAGAUUGCCAUCAGCUACACUGCCCCGCUACCUCCCCUUUCCCUGUUGGCAAGCCCUGCCAGCACUCCCUGGGCUCUGGCUGUGCACUGGGAGACCCCUCCUGGGCAGAGGAAUGGAUACCUGCUCAGCAUGCGUGAGGAAGGCUCUUCUGCACCAGCAAGGAACCUGGAAGCAGGGAAGGACAGCACCAAUGUCACCCUGGCACAGCUGGAACCAGGAACUUGCUACCUUGUUGAGAUCUGGGCAGUAGCUGGACCCUACCGCUCCCUCCCCAAGAACGUCACUAGCUGCACAGUUCCUGCUGCACCAACAAACCUGAGCCUUACCAACCCAGGCAGCUCCUCAGAGCUUUACAUGUGCUGGAACAAGCCCCCUGGCAGGAGGGACCACUACCACGUUACUCUGUAUAGCCUCAGCACUCAGAGCAAGGAUCGGGUCCAGACCUUGAGUCCAGAUGCCCAGAACAUCACCUGGACUCAGUUGGAGGCAGGCAGCAGGUUUGCUGGGCAGGUCACUGCUGUGAAAGGCUUGUUCAAAGCCUCCUCCACCAAUGUCACCCAAUGGACAUAUCCCUUGGCCCCUGCCAACCUCACCCUGGGCAGCCCCUCUGCCUUCACACUGCAGGCCUCCUGGGCAGCAGCGGGGCAAGGUGCAGAAGGCUACGUGGUGGAUGUCUAUGACACAGCCUCCAGCAGUCAUGUUGGGCACGUGCUGCUGGGUGGGGAUGCCAGGAAUCACAUCUUCAGGAACCUGAGCCCUGGCACCCGGUACAGUGUGGCAGUGAGGGCCACAGCUGGGGCCUUCCACACCAGCACCCCGAACCUCACCCACUACACACGCCCACUGCCCCCAGCUUCUGUGCACUGGCUGAGCAUGGGGCACACUGACAGGCUAAGCACAUCCUGGGGAGCUGCAGCUGGGGACCGAGAUGGCUACACACUGACCCUGUACCAUGUGCGGCUUGGCACCGUGGCAGCUACAGCCUCACUAGGGAGAGACACCCACAAUUUCACCUUCAUGGGCCUGGCCCCAGGAUAUGAGUACUCCCUGGAAGCCAGUGCCAUGGCUGGACCAUACCAGGCAGCAGCGCCCAACAUCAGUGGCUGGACACGCCCAUUGUCCCCAGCCACCGUGCGCUUGCUGAGCAUGGGGUACCCUGACAGGCUGAGCGCAUCCUGGGGACCUGCAGCCGGCGGGAGAGACGGCUACACACUGACCCUGUACCACACACAGCUGGGCACUGUGGCAGCUAUGACCUCGCUUGGAAGAGACACCCACAACUUCACCUUCAUGGGCCUGGCCCCAGGAAGCAAGUAUGUGCUGGAAGUGGUGUCCAUGGCAGGGUCCUACCAGACACCUGCAGCAAAUGUCAGCAACUGGACGUACCCACUGGCACCCCGUAAUGUGUACAUGACGAACCAGGGGUAUCCCAACAGGCUGAGUGUGUUCUGGCAAGCCGAACCCCAAGGACAAGACAGUUACAGGCUCCUCCUGUAUCAUUCGGGAUCAGGUAUUGUGGCAGCCAAUGUAUCUGUUGGGAAAGGCAACAGCAAAUUCAUCUUUUCUGGCCUGGAUUCAGGACACAAAUACCUGCUGGAAGUGGUGUCCGUGGCAGGGCCCUACGCAGCCUCCGCAGGGAACAUCAGUGACUGGACUACCCCCUCAGUUCCCAAAAAUCUCUUUGCGGUGCCUGAAGGGAACAACACGAUGCUCAUCUCCUGGGACAGUGUCUCUGGACAGCAUGACGACUGCCAGCUGUGGCUACGGGACCCUAGGAACAGCAUGCAGCCCUGGCGGUACGCCCUCACCAGAGGGCAAGUCCAGCACCUUCUCCAUGGGCUGAUCCCAGGGAGGAAUUACUCUGUCUCCUUGAACUGCGUGUCUGGGCCCUACUGGAGCAGCAGCAAACCCUUGGCAGUGCCAGUGGAGCCAGACCCAGUGGAGGAUGUGCAGUGCCUAUCGGAGUCAAGGAGUCUUUACUUGAACUGGACCACCUCUCCUGGAGAUGUGGAGGCUUAUGAGGUGGUAACAGAGGGACUUUCUGAUGGACGUCCCACCUCCAAGUAUGUCAUGAGCAUCCCUACGAACGGGGCCAGUCUGGAGGGGCUGGAGCCAAAUUCGUCCUACCGAAUCAUUGUGAGCACAGUGGGCAUGAACACCAUGAGAAGCCAGGCUGUGACUCUGCUCUGCAACACAACAGUGGAGGCCCUGCCUCCACCCCUGCGAGCAGACAUUUUCCAGGUGGAGGCCAGCUCCACAGUUAUCAUUUCAUCCGACCUGUUCAGCGAGGAGAAUGGCCAGAUCGAGUAUUACGGUGUCAUUGCUACCACUAAUGAUUCAUUGCUGAGGCCCACCCAGCAAAUCAUGUCCAGCACUUGGUAUGACCACUAUUAUGGAACAGAGGACUCCUACCUGGCUGUGCUAAUCCCCAGUCCCUUCCAUGCAAGCCCCAGGAGCUUCCCCAAAACCUGGAGAGUGACAGUGGGAACAGAGGAGUGCGGCCAAUCCAGGGCAACAUGCAAUGGGAAGCUGAAAGCCAACAAGCAGUACAGGUUCAGCAUCGCUGCCUUCACCAAAUACGACCCAGUAGCACCUACAGUGACGUUCACCACGUUCUCAGGUAAGAUGGAGAAUGCCAUCUUCCCUGCCUGGCUCUGUAGAACUAAGAAGAGUAGCCUGCCCCAGGAAAUGGUGACCUACAGCUUGAGAAACAUCCAUCGGCCAGUUCCCAUACAGAACUUCAAGCAGUACUAUGAGAUGAAGACAGCAAGUGCUAACCAUGCUUUUUUCCAGGAGUUUGAGGAGCUGAAGGAAGUUGGGAAGGAGCAGCCGAAGGUGGAGGCUGAGCUACCAGCGAAUGUCUCCAAGAACAGAUAUCCCCAUGUGUUGUCAUAUGAUCACUCUCGGGUCAAGCUGAGCCAGCUGGGCGAGGAUCCACACUCGGACUACAUCAAUGCCAAUUUCAUGCCUGGCUACACAUCCCAGCGGGAGUUCAUUGCCACCCAGGGGCCCCUGAAGAGAACGAUAGAGGACUUCUGGAGGCUGGUGUGGGAGCAGCACGUCUGCAACAUCGUCAUGCUGACAGUGUGCAUGGAGAAUGGGCGGGUCCUCUGUGAUCAUUACUGGCCAUCUGAAUCUGCCCCAGUCUCCUACGGGCAGGUCCAGGUCCACCUGCUGAUGCAGAGCAGCUCUGAGGAGUGGACCAUGCGCGAGUUCAAAGUGUGGCAUGAGGGUCUCCGGGCAGAGCGGCAUGUGUCCCACUUGCACUACACAGCAUGGCCUGACCAUGGGAUCCCGGAGUCCACAACUUCCAUUAUGACCUUCAGAGAGCUGGUCCGGGAGCACAUCCAGAGCACCAAGGAUGCAGGGCCAACCCUUGUGCACUGCAGCACUGGGGUGGGCCGCACUGGCACCUUCAUUGCCCUGGACUGGCUGCUGCAGCAGAUGAAGCAGGAGAAGGUGGUGGAUACAUUUGGUGUUGUUUAUGCCUUACGGAUGAACCGAUACUUGAUGAUUCAGACGCUGUCCCAGUAUGUUUUCCUGCACAGCUGUAUCCUGGAGAAGAUCUUGGAGCAACCACUUCUGGGUUUAUCAGAGACAGAGAGGUCCUGCCCCAUUCCACUGAAAAGCUUUGUUCAGCACUACACCCAGAAGGCAGCCAAGUCCCAUGCGGGCUUCUUGAGGGAGUACGAGACCUUCCUAGAGGUUGUCAAGGAAGAAGCCAGCUCUGCAACACCAUCUUCAGGCAACCAGCCGUCACGUCCCUCUUCCAGCAUCCUCCCGUAUGAUCGCUCCAGAGUGAAGUUUUCCCUACUGGAACAGAGCCCUUUCUCCGGUCUGCUGCAGGUGUGGCAUGUCCCGGGUUGCAGCUCCAACAGGGAGUAUCUGGCUGUCCAGGGUCCCGACAAGUUGGCCAUGGAGGAGUUCUGGACCCUGGUGUGGGAACAGGAUGUUCACACCAUCCUAACACUUCUCCCAUGGCAGGAAAAGGGGGAGGUCCCAAAUGAGGUGUGCUGGCCCCUGGGAGAAGUCUCUCUCUGCACAAAGACGCUGACCAUCCAGUGUGGCACAGAGAAGCUUGUCUCCGGAUGGAGGUGUAUCCAGCUCAAAAUGAAACACGACCAGUACAUGUUCCUGUACACCUGCAUCCGGGACAUCAUCGCACAGAAACAGCCCUAA